UCCAUCACACUCUCACUCACUCUCAUCUCACCACGUUGAUGUAGCUUCUUCCUCUCUCUUUCUCUCUAUCUCUCUCUCACACACACAAGAAGAAGAAGAAGAGGAGCAACGCGGAUUGUGUGUGCGCGCAAUGUGACUGGAUAUUCUCACAUUCAUACACCCUCAAAUCUCGCAUUUACUCUCUCUCCCUCUCACACAUACACACACAAGAGAAAUCAAUGCCCUCCUUCAGCAUCCUCCUCCUCUUCUUGUUAUCCUGGAUGAGAAGCCCCUCAGCCGCCGCCGCCGCCGUCCACCGCCGCCGCAUUCUCCACCAGCCAUUCUUCCCGGAGGAUUCCCCUCCCCCAGUUGAGCCCCCCACCCCUUCCCCACCGCCACCACCCACCCCCAAAUACCCCUUUUCCACUAAUACCCCCAACAACACCAAUACCCCAUUCUUCCCCUCCGAUCCCUCUCCCCCACCGCCCCCCUCCCCGACCGCCCUUGCCUCCUUCCCCGCCAACAUCACCUCCCUCAACCUCCCCCACUCCAAAUCCAAAUCCGCCUCCGCCAAGCUCAUCGCCGUCGCUGUUGCUGCCGUCUCCGCGGCCGUCGUCAUCCUCGCCCUCGCCGUUUUCAUCCACUUCCGCAAGCGCAGGAGAAACGACAGAUCGUCCGCGCACGACCACGCUAAAUCGCAUAGAUCCGACAGCACAACCACUACCGCCUCCACAUUCCGCGGCGCUCCUGAUAACCGCCAUAUUCCGAAGCUUCAGAGGCCUUCACAGACCAGCUCAGAGUUCCUGUACCUCGGCACUUUGGUCAAUUCACAUGCUUCCGCCGCUGCCGGCGGCGGCGGCAUUGCCUACAAUGGAAGCAUUAGCGCCCCUGCCGACAAUCGCACUUUGAAUCCGAGGAAAAUGGAUUCGCCGGAGCUCCGCCCUUUGCCGCCGUUGAACGCGCAACAGAAUUCACGCAGGAUUUAUCGGAACAAUGCUGACGUGGCGUCGAGCAGAGAUGAUGAAGAUGAAGAGUUCUACUCUCCCAAGGGCUCGUUAAACGGUAGGGAAAGUUCGAUUGGCGCCGGAUCAGCUUCUAGAAGAGCGUUUGCCACCAUUGAUGUGGAGAAUUUCAACGGCUCGACUUCGAAUUCCUCCUCAACUUACUCUUCUUCGGCUUCCGGAUCGGGCAGGGGCUCUCCGGCAAGGUCCAUUUCGCUGAGUAUUUCGCCAGGAAACAGUUUGAGUCCUAGGAUUUCGAUUCCUAAAUCGCCUGACCUAAUUGAGAUUCAGAAUAUUGCACCGCUGCAUAGGCAAUUGACGUCGUCUCCUCCGCCGCGAGAUUUGUUGCGUAAGGAAUCCGCAUCUCCAUCGCCGCCAAGUUCAUCAUCACCGGAGAGAUGCUCCAGGAGAAGCGAAGAGUCAUCUCCGCGGAUUUCGAGUUUCUCUGAUCAGAACACGGACUCCCCGGUGAAAAUCAGCAUUCCAAAACCGCAUCCACCUCCACCGCCGCCGCCUCUUGUUGUUCCCUCACGUUUAGCAGCUUAUGUCCCCCCUCCACCACCUCCGCCACAGGUAGCAGGUAAAGUCUGGGAUAGUCCGAGAACUCCAGCUCCACUGGCCAAAAAUCUCGUCACCAGACCACCAUCCAUGGCUACUCCGUUAAGACCGAUGGCGGCCGAAAGUCCAAUAUUGAUUUCUCCUAUGGAAUUACCUAAAAAUGUCACAGAAAGUGUUAAGAAGAAUUCUGAAGAUGUACUGCGGAAUGAGGAUACUACUCCCAAAACAAAAUUGAAGCCGUUGCAUUGGGAUAAAGUGAGGGCGAGCUCCGAUCGUGAAAUGGUGUGGGAUCAGCUGAGAUGUAGCUCGUUCAAAUUGAACGAGGAGAUGAUCGAAACAUUGUUUGUUGCAAAUGCUUCGAAACCAACUCCAAAGGAAGCAACUAGGUGGAAUGUUCUUCCCACUCCUCGCCUAGACAAUAACCGGGUUCUUGAUCCUAAGAAGGCGCAAAACAUUGCAAUCUUGUUUAGGGCGCUAAAUGUCACGGUAGAGGAGGUUUGCGAGGGCCUUAUGGAAGGCAACACUGAUAUUCUUGGUACUGAGCUUCUUGAGAGUUUAAUGAAGAUGGCACCAACUAAAGAAGAGGAGAGAAAGCUAAAAGAAUAUGAAGAUGUUUCGCCAACCAAGCUUGGCGCUGCUGAAAGAUUUUUGAAGGCAGUACUUGAUAUACCGCAUGCUUUCAGAAGAAUCGAUGCAAUGCUAUACAUAUCAAAUUUUGAAUAUGAGGUGGAAUACCUAAAAAAUUCAUUUGCAACAUUGGAGGCAGCUUGUGAAGAAUUGAGGAUGAGCAGGAUGUUCCUCAAGCUUCUUGAAGCAGUUCUGAAGACUGGAAACCGCAUGAAUGUGGGAACAAAUCGGGGUGAUGCACAUGCUUUCAAACUAGACACACUCCUCAAGCUUGUUGAUAUCAAAGGAGCAGAUGGGAAGACUACACUCUUGCAUUUUGUUGUUCAGGAGAUAAUUAAAAGCGAGGGUGCCCGUCUAUCUGGUGGGGGCCCAACUGACAAUGCUGGCACAAGUGAUGAUGCCAAAUGCAGAAAGCUUGGCCUCCAAGUUGUUUCUAGCCUUAGUGGUGAGUUAUCAAAUGUAAAGAAAGCUGCUACUAUGGAUGCAGAAGUGCUGAGCAGCGAUGUCUCCAAACUUUCAAAAGGAAUUGGAAAUAUAUCAGAGGUUGUUAGAUUGGUUGAAGCAGUGUCCUUGGAAGACAGCAGCAGCAACAAGUUUUCUGUCUCGAUGAGCAGCUUCAUGAAAAAGGCAGAGGAGGAAAUUAUUAGGAUUCAAGCCCAAGAAAGCGUUGCUCUGUCUCUUGUGAAGGAGAUUACUGAGUAUUUCCAUGGAAACUCAGUGAAGGAAGAGGCCCAUCCUUUCAGAAUUUUCUUGGUGAUGAGGGACUUCCUAACAAUUUUGGACCGGGUCUGCAAGGAAGUUGGAAUGGUAAAUGAACGGACUGUGGUGAGUUCUGCCUACAAGUUUCCAGUUCCUGUUAACCCAAUGCUACAGCAGGUUGUGGGGGGUUUCCCAAAUAAACAGCCACACUCUUCCUCCGACGAGGAUAGUUCUUAGUUUAGCUCUCACAUGAGGUGGUGGCGGCAUCUUCUUAGGUUUCUGGAUGGUGCCUCCCAACCUUAUUAGGUACUCCUAGCAUAUUCAUUUUAACCAUUUGUAUUUAUUAUAUAGAUGAAUGUAAAAGAUUUUGAAACUUCAUGUGUUACAGAUAUACACCAAGAAAAUCUUCCAAGCCAUAUAAGGCCUGAGUCAGUCAAAGGUUGAUGUCUGUAUUUCUCCUCUGUAAAAAACACUGGUUUUCAGAAUUCCUGCUGUAAAUAAGCAUGGUUUCUUGAGCA